GUGAAAGUAACACAGUGCAGUAUAAAAGUGUGACCGUUUCAUUUCUGUCCAGUCCAACAUUUCAGCUGAAUGAAUAAACAUAAGAAGAGUGUUAGAGACUGAGAUCUGAAUCAUCAACAGCACGAUCUUCAGUUCUUUAGAAUAAACCCAGACACAGACACAAAGCACAAUGAAUUGGGCUGAUAUCUUCUACCCUGAAAAUCCUAAACUGAGGGAGACGCUUAUCCGCAGAAGUCAAGAGGUCGCAGAACUGAUGAAGAACAACUUUCGAGCCACAAACCAACUCAUUGAGAUUCUUCGAAAACACUUGAGAUUGUGCUUCAAUCCAAUUACCCUGAACGAGAGAGCUACUGUUAAGGCCAACUGCGAUGUAUUAAUUCAACGCGUCCGUGAGAUCCAGGCUCAGCUAGCGAAGAUUGACGAGAAGCUGAUGAAGGAGCUGGAACCUGACUUAUAUGAGAAACUGAAGAAAAAAGAUCUGUCUAUUCUUGAACGUGCAAAAGUUUCAGGAGUUCUUCGUGGAAUUCAGUUUGGUUUGGCAGGCUUUGCAGCCCCUUUUGUAGUCGGUUGGUUAUUUCAAAACGUAACGAUUCUGGCAAGCAUAACAGGCACAUGUGGGGUCAUUGCAACAGGGUUAUUAGGCUAUGUUGUCUUUGGGGUGCUAUUAAUGGGGAUCGAUAUGAUUAUUCAGGCCAUCCUAGGGAGUAUUGAGCGUGAUCGGCUUAAGCAAGCUCUUAAAGAGUAUGACAAUGCUUUAAAGGAUUUCAGGCCAGUUUCUAUAAAUUAUACAGAAAGCAUAACCAGAGUCAAGCUGAAAAUUGAAAUUAUAAUGGAAAUGACCUUAUUUUCUUAAACAUCAACAUCAUGUAUGAUUGUUUAUUUUUUGUUGUUGUUUAUAUUGACAGAAAUGUUUGCUUGAAUAUUAAGCAAACAAUCUACACCUACUGCAUGACUAUUCAAAAAUAUGUGAAUUUAAAUGAAAAAUUGAGUAAAUAUGCAAAAUGUAGACAAACGCUUAUAUAUUUGAGAAGUUGAAUACUUAAAUAAAAGCACAAGUGUCAUUUAAACUAAACAUC